AUGAGCGCGAGCUGCAAGCUUCCUCUUCAUUUCAAUAUCGCUUUCAAGCAGCCUAAGAUCAUGAUAGGUAAAACAAGGUGAAAUAUCAACAACUGUCUCUGGACUGGACUAUACUCAAUUUGCAUGGGCUUUGACAAAUGUUUCGUUUUGCAGUUUGGGAUAUCCGUGGAGAUUUGUGUCUCGAGAUCAUCCUACCCAACGGCUGACGGUGCCCGUUGUCUGGAGAAAUUUCGCAAUCUCAGUGGAGUGGGAUAUGGUUCAAGCUCUGUUAAGAGGUGUUUUCGACAUAACAAUCAAAGUCAUGUGGACGGUAAGCAGAAUGAAUUCUAUCAUGUAUUACAGCUUGGUCUUGAUAUCCCACUGACGUACAGAAAGUAUCACUGACUGCAGGGCUACGCACCGUACAGAGUGUGCAUCACCCUACGGCAUCUUUGACCCAUCAGACGAGAUCCGUUAGAAAGUGAAGCCCCUUCCUCGUAAGGACGCAAACUCAUGCAGCACAGACAGACGAUCAUGUUGCUAAGAACAUUUUAUCAGUAUGUCCAACUAGCGGGGCACGGUAUGACUUAUGGAACGGACAAUUCUUGUCCGAGCAAGAAUGGAGUCAGACGAUGAAACCACGAGUUGCAUUGCAGCCGUCUCAGUUCAGCACCGAAUGUCUGUUACGAUUUUGUACAGGUCAUACUUCAUGUAUGUAUCUAAUAUCAAACAAACGUUCGUUCGCCCCC